AAUGGGUAAGUUGUGCCAAGCGCGUAGCAGUACGGAAGGUAUUCCUCUCGGUCGCGUCCUCCAUAUUGAUGACAGCGCCGACGGUGAUAAUUUUCUGAAAUUUUUGUCGUUAAUGCCCCCUGUGUCCUGAAAUCGAAAGCAACCGCGUUGUCUUAAAAGCUCCCCGACAGAAUGCGCGACUUCGGGGUCCUCGACGUCGAGAACCGAGAAGCCGCGAUCACGAGCUCCCCCCAGGUCCAUCCUCGACCGCAUUUCUCUACCGAUCGCGCGCAACCUUUCCGUCACCGAACCCCUUCGACGCUCCUCCGACCUCUCGAUUUCGUCCAUGGCGUCCUCUUUCUUCUCUCCCGCACGCGCCCGAGUUAUCUUUUAUGUUUCCUCGUUGCUACAAAUGGAGCGAUCCGUCAUCGUCGAGGAAUUACGAUUCCACGACGCACAUUUGAUCGCCCGACGAAAUACAUGUUCUCGUCCUUACUUAUAAGAAAACAUACCAUUGUAUAAAUUAAUGGUAUGAUCAUGACGAGUAACGUUGCAGCGAUAAAAUUGGAAGAGGGGCAGGAAUCUGUAACAGAGAUUCAAACCUAUCUCGAAACGUUUAAUAAAGAAAUAGAAGGUGGACAAGAACAACUACAACAUGUGCAGUUGCAACAAGUAGAAGGAUUAUCAGGUGGAGAAGAAGGUGGUACUUACUUUGUCGAUCAAUCAGGUCAAUAUUAUUAUCAGGCUAAUAGCGAUGAAACCCCUGUAAUGACACAAGUACAAAUUCAAGAAGUUGAAGAAAGCGAUGUUCACCAAGAGGGUGAGGUAACUCAAGAAGAGCAAUAUCAUGAGAUAGAAGAAUUAGAAAAUGUUGAUGGAGAUGAGGAUGGUCAAGUAUCAAAUAAUGGGAAUAAUCAAGUUGUAAUUAAUUCUGGGGAUGCAUAUCAGACUGUUACUAUAGUACCAUCCGACACAAAUCCUGGUGAAGUGAGUUAUGUUUUGAUUGUACAACAACCAGAAUCUGAGGACAAAGAAAGUAGACCUGCCGAAGUUGAAGCCGGAGAAGUAGAGGAGGCAGAAGGUGAACAGGAUUUAACUGUUUAUGAUUUUGAAGAUAAUGAGGAUAAUGAAGCUCCUGUAGAAUCAGAAGCAGAAGAUGAUAAAACCAAAAUAAUUAAGUUUCUUCCAAAGAAAUCUCAAACCGUAACUCAAGCACAUAUGUGUAAUUACUGUAAUUACACCAGUCCAAAACGGUACUUGCUGUCACGACAUAUGAAAUCUCAUUCAGAAGAAAGACCACAUAAGUGUAGUGUUUGUGAAAGGGGAUUUAAAACUUUGGCUUCCCUUCAAAAUCAUGUUAAUACGCAUACUGGGACCAAACCCCACCAUUGCAAAUUUUGUGAUAGUGCAUUCACUACAUCUGGUGAACUCGUACGACAUGUACGAUAUAGGCAUACUCAUGAAAAACCACAUAAAUGUCAGGAAUGUGACUAUGCCUCAGUCGAAUUAUCUAAAUUAAAACGACAUAUAAGAUGUCAUACAGGAGAACGCCCAUAUCAGUGUCCACAUUGUACAUAUGCAAGUCCAGAUACCUUUAAAUUAAAACGUCAUCUUCGUAUACAUACAGGUGAAAAACCAUAUGAGUGUGAUUUUUGUCAAGCCAGGUUUACACAAUCAAAUAGUUUAAAAGCACACAAGUUAAUUCAUAAUGUAGGUGACAAACCUGUUUUUCAAUGCGAGUUAUGUCCCGCAACUUGCGGAAGGAAAACUGAUCUUAGAAUUCAUGUGCAGAAAUUGCAUACCUCGGACAAACCAUUAAAAUGUAAAAGAUGUGGAAAAACAUUCCCCGACAGGUAUAGCUAUAAGUUACAUAGUAAAACACAUGAAGGAGAAAAAUGUUACAAAUGUGACCUUUGUCCAUAUGCAUCAAUUUCCGCACGUCAUUUAGAAAGUCAUAUGCUGAUCCAUACAGAUCAGAAGCCAUAUCAAUGUGAUCAUUGUUUUCAGUCAUUUAGACAAAAGCAGUUGCUCAAACGUCAUUGUAAUCUUUAUCAUAAUCCAUCUUAUGUUCCUCCACCGCCACAAGAAAAAACUCAUCAGUGUCCUGAAUGUGAAAGACCUUUUAGACACAAAGGAAAUCUUAUUCGACACAUGGCCGUUCAUGAUCCAGAAUCAUCUUUGCAAGAGAAACAACAAGCCCUUAAGAUUGGUCGACAAAAGAAAAUUCAAAUUAUCGAUGGUCAACGAGUUGAAGUCAUGACAGGUGAUUUAGCUUCUAAACUUAAAGGUUAUGAAGAUGAAGAGGAAGAAGAUGAAGAUGAUAUGAUGGCAGUAGAAGGAAGUGAUGGACAACAGUAUGUUGUAUUAGAAGUAAUUCAAUUAGCUGACAAUCAAGGCACUGAUCAGCAGAUGGCUGUGGUAGCUAGUGAAGACGGAGAUUUGGUGAUGCAAGAUCCCUUGAGUCAAGAAAAUAGUAUGGUAGGUGCAACUGGAGAAGAUGGCUGUGAGGUUGAAGAAGAUGAAAGUGAUAUGCACGAAUUAAAAAUUGAAUCAGUGACAUCGUGUACCACAAACAAAUCUUCGUCUCAAAAUACACAAAGUGAUCCAAAAUUACAAAAAGAAAUGGAAACAUGUUUUGGUUUUGAUGAAGAAGAAGAGGAAGAAGAAGAAGGAAGCAGUAAUAUAAAUAUUUUACAAACUAUUUCGUAAUAAGAGGAAGAACAGAAUGAUGUACCUUUUUAAUAGUCUAAUCGUUCUCCUUUUGCACAGUGUCACAGUGAUGUAUUGAAUGCAGAAACUGCAAGUUAAAUAUGUAUUAUCAUUUUGAAACACUAUACCGAGUUCCAAAAAAAAACUGUUUUGGAGCUACUGUGGUCCACAUACGACAUAUGUAUGGUACAAGAAUCUUCUUUUGCCACUAGUGCAUUAGAUACAUGUAAUAAUUUAUGAAAAUAUUGUAGUUUUGUGGUUUAGCAGAAUAUCAUGAAAAUGUACAAUUAUAAUAAUGUAAAAUA